CAAGCCGAACGCCAACAACAGCUGCCGUCGCUCCACAAACACGCUCCACGCUCCACGCUCCAAACACGCUCUACACGAACAUCGAGCAACGAUCUCCGAUAACGAGCAGCUGUUUUUGGGCCCGUUGUCAGUGCCAGAGUUAUCUGGCCGCAUCUCUGCCAAAACGCAAAUUUCCAACGCAGCGACGCGGCGCAGCGCAGCACCCCUGCCCCCCUCGCCUCAUCACAAGCACCCCCGCAGGGCAGCGACAAGUGCAAAAAGUGAAGUGAACUCCACAUACGAAAGCAUCGUUUCGCCAUUGUCGUCGUCGUCUGCUCUCUCGUGUCGCGUUCGUGUUGCGCUCGUGUCUCGUUCGUUUCUCUCUGUCGCGCGCUCGGCUUGCGCGCCGCUUCAAGUCCCAUUGUAAAUUACUUGCAAAGUAAAAUUUAGUCUCGGCUUUUAAUACCGUUUUAGUGCGUUUUCGAGUUGGUCGUGUUUUUUGUUACCAAAAAAAAACCAAAUAAAGAAACUUAAUACAGAAAGGCUUAAUUCUGCGGCUGUGACAAUUCCAAAAAAAAAAAAAAAUAAAUUAAAUAUAAAGUAAACUCUAAUAUCAGAUGAACAUUUUUUUUUCGGUUUCCUUAAACAUUCCACAAUAACUUUGCGGAACAAUCGCAAGCAACAACAAUUUAAUUUUGCACGUCCUGCGCAAUAAUUAUUGGCAGACUUGAUAACAGACUAUCAUCAACAAGAAUUAAACAAUUUUUUUUUAUAUAAUUUAACAUUUUGAAAAUUAAACGGAAAUGUAAACUACUCGCCCCCGCCAACUGAGCCUCGCUUCCUGUAAAUUAAGAACAAUCAUUUUUCGGUUUCGCACGCCGCAAACAGACAAAUUUUGCAAUAAAAUUUGAAAGCAACAAACAUUACAUAACACUUGACUGCAAGUACAAAAAUACAUAUUUAAAAGUAUCAUAAAUAAUUUAAAGAUAUAAUAAAAUACAAAACGAUAAACAACCAUAAAAAAACAAAUUCAAGACGGAAGUGUAUUUUUUUUUUUCAAAAGCCGCGCAUCCUGUUUGAGCUUUUCGCGCACACACAUACACACACAGACACAAACACACGCACACUUUGAGACGCGUAACUGGCUCGCGCUCUCGCACACGUAUAAGAGUUGUGAAAACGCAAACAUUUAACUCGCCUAAUUGUUAAUAAAAAAGGGCAACUUUUACCCCCAACCACCCACCAAAUAAAAGAGCGACACACAGCACAGAAAAGACCAGCAAAAUGACUGGUUUUACCAACGCCGGCUUUGAGAAUGAUGAGCCCGUCAAGCCAAAAGCUGGUUUCGAGCCCGACACCGCCUCGCUGCGAGAGAAAGUUGUGCUGAAUCCGGCCGAGAAAUGGCGCAUAUUAAAGAAUAUCUCAAUCAUCUCGAUAGCGUUCAUGGUGCAGUUUACUGCGUUUCAGGGCACGGCCAAUCUGCAAUCCUCGAUCAACUCAAAGGAUGGUCUUGGCACAGUAUCGCUCAGUGCCAUAUAUGCGGCGCUGGUUGUCUCUUGCAUCUUCCUGCCCACGCUGAUCAUUCGCAAGCUGACGGUUAAAUGGACGCUCGUUUGCAGCAUGCUCUGCUAUGCGCCGUACAUUGCCUUCCAGCUGUUCCCGCGCUUCUACACCCUGGUGCCGGCUGGCAUUCUGGUGGGUUUGGGCGCGGCGCCCAUGUGGGCGUCCAAGGCUACAUAUCUGACACAGGUUGGGCAGGUGUAUGCUAAGAUAACUGAACAAGCUGUUGAUGCCAUUAUUGUGCGCUUCUUUGGCUUCUUCUUUCUGGCCUGGCAAUCCGCUGAGCUUUGGGGCAAUCUCAUCUCCAGCUUGGUUCUGUCCAGCGGCGCACAUGGUGGCAGCAGCAGUGCCAAUUCCACAAUCACCGAGGAGGAUUUGCAGUAUUGUGGCGCAAACUUUUGCACCACCGGCAACGGCGGCCAUGGCAACCUGGAGCGUCCGCCAGAGAAUGAGAUCUUUGAGAUCUCUAUGAUCUAUCUGGCGUGCAUUGUGGCCGCCGUAUGCAUCAUUGCCUUUUUCCUGGAUCCCCUUAAGCGCUACGGUGAGAAGCGCAAGGGCUCCAAUUCGGCUGCGGAACUGUCCGGCCUCCAAUUGCUGUCGGCCACGUUCCGUCAAAUGAAGAAACCGAAUCUGCAGCUGCUCAUACCCAUUACUGUCUUCAUUGGCAUGGAGCAGGCCUUCAUUGGUGCCGACUUUACCCAGGCAUAUGUCGCCUGCGCAUUGGGUGUACAUCAGAUUGGGUUCGUGAUGAUCUGCUUUGGCGUUGUGAACGCUCUCUGUUCCAUUCUCUUUGGCUCCGUGAUGAAGUAUAUUGGACGCUUGCCCAUCAUUAUUCUGGGCGCUGUUGUUCACUUCACGCUCAUCUCCGUGGAGCUUUUCUGGCGGCCCAAUCCCGACAAUCCAAUCAUCUUCUAUGCCAUGUCCGGACUGUGGGGUGUCGGCGACGCCGUCUGGCAGACGCAGAUCAACGGUCUCUACGGUCUACUCUUCAGGCGAAACAAGGAGGCUGCCUUCUCCAACUAUCGCCUAUGGGAAUCCGCUGGCUUUGUCAUCGCCUAUGCCUAUGCCACAACGCUCUGCACCCGCAUGAAGCUUUACAUUUUGUUGGCGGUUCUCACGCUCGGCUGCAUUGGCUAUGUGAUUGUUGAGAUUCUCUACAGAAAGAAGCAACGCAAGAUCAAGAAGCAGGAGAAACUCGAGGCCGCCGAGAAGGAGAAGGAGGCCGCUGCCGCUGCGGCAGCUGCUGCAGCCGCUGCAGAGGCCAACACCGGCUUCGGCGACGCAGUCGAGGAGACCGAUGAUGAGCUCGAUGAUCUUGAAGAAGAUAUUGUAGUCACGCGCCUGUAAUAAUCGUAAUUUGUUAAUUGUUGUACGUUCUUUUUGUUUAUUUUGCCGACGGCGUCGUUGCGGCUGCAACAGCUCCACUGUUAAUGGUUAACACUGAGCAAUUCUGUUAAUCAAAUACGAGUGCGAAACUGUUAAGCAUAUGUAAAUUCAAACACACACACACACACACACCAAAAACUGUUGCAUAGCUGCAGGCGCACACAUUUCGUCGGCGCCAAUCGGCGACGCGUCCGAACUUUUGUCGUUGUAGUUGUCGUAGUACUUAGUACAUUCCCUCUUCCCAAUCCAUUUAACACAAAAGG